CGGUUCCCCUCGCUGGAGGUGUCGUUUCCUAGCGUUUCCAGCCCCUGUCAGCCCCGGGUUACCGGCUGUGCGUGGUGUCGUUGCUGCAGAUGAAGGAUUUGGGGGCCAAACCCUUGGCAAGUCGGGAAAGGGUCCAGCUCUUCGGAGUGUUGAGCCUCUACCUGGAGCAAGAACAGAGAUUCCAGCCCCGGGAGAAAGGGCUGAGUGUGAUUGAGGCCACCCCAGAGAAUGAUAACACUUUGUGUCCAAGAUUGAGAAAUGCCAAAGUAGAAGAUUUAAGGAGUUUAACUAACUUUUUUGGAUCUUGCACUGAGACUUUUGUCCUGGCUGUCAAUAUUUUGGACAGAUUCUUGGCUCUUAUGAAGGUGAAGCCUAAACAUUUGUCUUGCAUUGGAGUCUGUUGUUUUUUGCUGGCUGCUAGAAUAGUUGAAGAAGAAUGCAAUAUUCCAUCCACUCAUGAUAUGAUCCGGAUUAGUCAAUGUAAAUGUACUGCUUCUGACAUAAAACGGAUGGAAAAAAUAAUUUCAGAAAAAUUACACUAUGAAUUGGAAGCUACUACUGCCUUAAACUUUUUGCACUUAUACCAUACUAUUGUACUUUGUCAUACUUCAGAAAGGAAAGAAAUACUGAGUCUUGAUAAGCUAGAAGCUCAACUGAAAGCUUGCAACUGCCGACUUGUCUUUUCAAAAGCGAAACCAUCUGUAUUAGCUUUGUGCCUUCUCAAUUUGGAAGUAGAAACUUUGAAAUCCGUUGAACUACUGGAAAUUCUCUUGCUAGUUAAAAAACAUUCCAAGGUUAAUGACACCGAGUUCUUUUACUGGAGGGAGUUGGUUUCUAAAUGUCUAGCUGAAUAUUCUUCUCCUGAAUGUUGCAAACCAGAUCUUAAGAAGCUGGUUUGGAUUGUUUCAAGGCGCACAGCCCAGAAUCUCCACAAUAGCUACUAUAGUGUUCCUGAGCUGCCAACGAUACCGGAGGGGGGUUGUUUUGAUGAAAGUGAAAGCGAGGACUCUUAUGAAGAUAUGAGUUGUGGAGAAGAGAGUCUCAGCUGCUCUCCUCCCAGUGACCAGGAGUGCGCCUUCUUUUUCAACCUCAAGGUGGCACAGACACUGUGCUUUCCAUCUUAGAAAUCUAAUGUUUUGUGUCAGAAUUUAUGUGUACAGGUUUCAAAGCAAUAAAUGGGGGAGUGGGUAGUUUUCUGGUUCAGCCCCCAUCUAGGCAGAAAUGACACAGACUGGAAUAUCUACCUUCUAUGUAUUCUUCAGAUCAGAUCUGGCCUAUUUUCAUAUUUAUCCUAAGCCAUUGAAUGGGUUAGUGCCUCUUAAACAAUACAAGUUCUCUAGACCGUGGCACUUUAUUUUUCUCAUUGAUCUUUAGCUACUUGGGGGAGGAGGGAAAGUGCUGAUACCUUCCAUUUGCUACUUUUCAAGAUUUUUACAGAUAACUAGCAUAGUGAAUCUUAAGCGUUUUAUAAAGCUUUCGGGUGUCUUUAUUUAAACAGAUUGGAAGUGCACUUAGGUGCUUCCUUAGCAGGGACAGUGGAUAAUCCUUUAUGGCUUAUCUUGUAUUUCCCCCUCCCCCAUUUCUAAGAACAGAGAAAAUAUGCUCUUAAAUGUCAGACACCUUUUUUUAUUAUUGUUUUGUUUUUUAAAUGAUCAGUGUCUAUCUGAUGCAGAUCCUAUAUAUUUAGGAAUUAAAAUAUUGACAUUUCUGUGAAUUUUAGUAUAUAAUAUCUUAAUUGAGGUUUCUGCUAAACAGAUAAUCGACAGGCUAGGGCUAUUGCAUUCCUAAUGCCUAAAAAUUGUCAGACUAUACUGUUACUUUAGUAUUAUUAACAAAUCCAUAAUCUGCUAGUUUUGCAUGUACCUGUCUGAAAGCAGUGUGGGAAGUUGAACAUGGCUAGGUAACUACGGAAUUGAUACAUGUUGAUCUAGUAGGACAUUUUGUCUCAUUUUCAUAUAUUAAAAAAAUGCAUGAUUAUGUUUUAUUUCCUUUGCAACUCACAUUUCAAAAAUAAUGUGCUAGUAUAUGGGUGCCAAGAUUGAAUAUGAAGUAAAAAGAACCCAAGUGUUUGUAGUAUUAUAGUUUUAAGUAAAUCUGUGUGGUGGCACAGCCAUAAGAAUGAGACUAUAUACACUCUGUACAUGUAAGAUUUUUGUACAGAGAAUUUUUAAUUUUGUAAACUGUAUAUGAAAAUGUAAAUCUUUUUAAAAUGUACAUAAAAAUACUGUAUUUUUUUACCGUGUAUGUGAUAGUCUAGCCAUUGCAUGUAAAUAUAAUUUAUUGUGUGUUGUGUAUUGUGAAUUAAUCAUUAAUGACUUUUUGACUGGUGAGUCAACAUCCAUUGGUUGUUCUCCAAAGUGACUCUUUUUGAAGUGUUAAUAGAUUACAAGUCAAAAUAAAAUUGCUAAUUAAUUCUU